GUUGUUUGAGCCGAGGCCGAGAGGGCUGAAGUAAACAUGUAGCCACGGUGUGCCACCAAGAAAGUGCUUUUGGCAAAGUCAUUGUAUUUCUCUUGGUGCAUGUGUGCGUGUGUGUUCUCAUGUGUUCUUGAGAGAAACAAAGAUAGAUGGAGGUUGAGUUGUGAGAGGCAGCUCAAGGUAGGAGAAGAAGCAGCGCUGCGAGGUGAGGCGGCGGCAACAAUUGGCAUCAGAGCCCCGGUAGAUCCGAGGCGGCGACGGCGGCGCGGCCGACUCCAUGUGAGGUGGAGGACGGUGGCGCAAGGUGGAGGCCGUUGGCGGCGCGAUGCCGCUGGUGGCCGAUUGCGGUGCGAUGCCGCAAUAUGAUGAUGGUGUGAUGGUCGGCCUCGCGAGGACGUCAUCCACGACAAGACGGUCCAUGGUGACCGGCGCUGCGACGGCGUCGGCUGUGGCGCGAUGGAGGCCGACAGCGCAAGAAGAAGGAGGGUGGCCAUGCGGUGCCGCUAUGUGAAGAUGGUGGUGCGGAGCUGCCACAAGAAGAGUCGGUGUGAUUCCGACGACGGUGGUGUCAUGCCAUCGUCAUCAUGGAAAGUUGGUGUUAAGCCAGCAAAAAAAAGUUGUGGUGCAAUGCCGCUUGACGAAGACGGCAUCGUGAUCGGCGUUGCGACAACGUCCUCCACGUCAAGAGGUGGCCGCCGCAUGCGGCAAGAGGACAUGGUGAUGGACGCCGGCGCUGCGAUGGCGUCGGUCCACGACAAAUUGUGCAGCGCCACGAUGGCGUCGUCAAGUGGCAGCGGGUGAAGCCGCGUGAAGAUUGAAGAAUCAAGAUUAGGAGGGAAAAUGUUAGGUUUAAUCUUGAUUCAUGUAUCUGCAUGUAGUUUAGAUGGUAGUAGGGUGAUGUAGGCCGGUGAAGCUUUGGUUGUGCACGAAGAAGGCGAGAUGCCGGGCGGCCAUGUGAUGGGGCGAGCAUGACAAGAUGCUCAUGAUGCUGUGAGGUACGACAAGGUCACGAGAAGCGGCAAGACGUGACGAAGACUGGAGCGUGAUGGACCGCAUCAAGUUGAGUCGGGUGAACCGGCAGGUCGUUCAGUUUGUUGGGUCCUAGCCGAUAGAAUGGUUGGGUAAGUAGUUUGUGCAUGCAUGUAGUUGGAGUGGUCAGAGGUGGUGUCCGAGCCAUAUGGAUCAUGGAGAGACUUUAGGAAUUAGUUAGUGCACGGGUUAGUGGGUUAGCAGCCGAGAGUGGCGGCUGGCCCGUGCAUGCGUGGGUUAGUGGCCGGUGUGGCCGUGGCUGUGUGUGCGCGUGAGUCUCUAUAUAAGAGAUGUAAAGCUUGUUGUUUGAGCCGAGGCCGAGAGGGCUGAAGUACACAUGUAGCCACGGUGUGCCACCAAGAAAGUGCUUUUGGCAAA